GAAGCCGGCAGAUCCGUUUGCCUCAUUUUUGUUCCAAAGAUCCUUUCUCGACUUGGAUCUGUUCUUCGACUUCCUCAUAUGUCAUAGAUUUUGGGUCCUUCAGCCAUCAACUACGUACCAAAGAGGUAAACCAUGAUAUCUAUUAACCCAUCACCAUUGUGGUCGUCGUCAAGAAGAAGCCUACCAGUAUGGGCUCUUCUGGUGAGUGCUUUCCUUUCUCGUGGAUCAGUCCAUGCUUUUUCGGGGUUUCAUGCAGUGUCCAAGAGCCAUCUGCCGCCACUGUUGGCUACCCGAGAUGUCGAAACAUCCUCCUCGACAAGAAUAGCUAGAACCAUCACCAAUUCCAAGGACGAUCCAUUGGAAGCGUUGUGGGAAGGCGUAGAGGCUGUUGUACAGCCGCUGUCCUUGCUGAUACCGGUAUCCUUUUCCCUCUUACUGGCUGUGGCUUUGAUUGGAUGGGAAGAUUAUGGAGCGUGCAAUCUAUGGCCAUCCAGGCACAUGCUAGUCAUCACUACCAGCAACAACAACAACAACAAUCCAGUAUCCAACGACGAAAAUCAUUAUUUUGGAAGAAGGACGGUUCAUGGUAUGGCAUUUGGAGAGAUAGAGCGACUGAGGAUUCUGGAACAACAAGACAACGAAAGGUCGUCUCUGGUUCCCGAAAUACGGGCCUACAAUGAAGUCAUGCUGGAGCAUCGUCAGGAACGAGUACCACGGUGGAAAAAACAGCAACUCGACUCCUCAAAAAUAAUGGCAAGAAGUAGCCAACAAGCCGUGGAAGCAGCGGUGACGGACAUGCAAGGCAUUUUACUCCAAGUGCUGCAACUGAAAACUAUGGCAAACGACUAUCAAUGGGAACAAAUGCAUGUCACCAUUCAACACUCCAUGACACCCAAAUUGGAACCAUCCGCUGCUGUACUCCGUCGAUCUAUUCUGGGAGCCGCCCCACCCAAUUCCCUCAACAACGUUGACGACAUUGGUUUUGAUUGGGGGUCCUGUGCGUGGCGGCAUUGUGGAGCUUUAGCGGAUGCUCAAGAAGCACUCGAUGAACUCGAUCAUUUGCUAGGCGUGCUGGAACCACCGGAAUGCCUCUUUUGCUUGGACGUGCUCGAACGCAGCAUCCGAGAUAUGUUGACGCUAGUGCCCCAUGGCAUGGACGGAAUGCCCGUCUAUCAACCGUAUCAAUCGCUUCACGCCGGCUCGGAAGACGACGAGACGGAUGUCUUUGAUCAAGAGUAUAUGAAAAUGUUGGAGCAACUGCGAGGUAGUAGCAGUCAGAAUGAUGAUGGUGGUGAAUGAUGAAGACUGAGAAAGCAACGUCUGAUAAUCAUUCGAUUGGUUCCAAACAAACAAAACAGACUGCGGUAGGAGCAAUUGUCUUUGCGGGGAGCUGCUUCGUUUUCCUUUUCUGCCAAGAUACCAAAAGUUUCAGUUUCACACAAUGAUUAGUAACUUUAAAAUAUCUAAUGAGCUACUGCGCCGAAGGCUGAUUGCUUUUGUUUCACUCCUUC